AUGCAGGCAAUAAGGCUGUCCUUUCUGACUCCACAGGCUCAGAGAUCACGGAGAAGAAUGAUGCUGAAGAGACCACCUGUGGCUGGAUUCUGCUUCUUGCUUGCCUUCUCUGUGGUGGCAUUUACUAGUUUUCCUCUGCUGCUUCCAACUGAGUCCGAUUUCCAGUUCUUGGCACUGGCUGAGCCACAUGGGAAAGUCAUCCAGCCCAGGCGUCUGUGGACAAACACCACUGCCUCUGUCCCCCGGCAGGCCAGGAGUUUUGAUCACAGAGAAUGGGAACCCACUCCCCCUGGCACCGAUCAGGAAAGGCAAUCCUCACACUAUCCCCACUCUGCCUGCAAGCCAAAGAACCAGCUAAGCAGCCUGCGCCGACAAAACCACACACUGCUGAAAGCAAAGAGAAAGCACAAAGGAGAGAUUAGGAAACAUAAUGUUGUGAAAAGCUCUGAAGCCAGCAGUAAAUUACAGCAUGAAAACAUUCCCCACAGGACCAGUGGUGAGAAGAAAAGGGAGCUUAAUACUCAUUUUUCUCUAAAGAAUACAGGGAACAAUGUUCAUUUCUAUAAGCUGAGAGGGAAAAAGGCAGAUAUGAAACCACAAAUGGAGGAGGCCCCUUUCUUUUCUCCUUCACUCAGCAAUAAAAGGGGUUUUCACGAAGGAAAGCCGGAGUUUGUUUUACUUCUUAAGAACUCUUUUACAAGCCAGCCAACUGUGGCACAGGACCAACGCAAACCAGAUGUGCAGGCAGCUGGUGCUGAGCCGCAACAUUCAGAUUCAAUUGAAGCCUUUAUCUCAGAAGCAGAUAGCAGGCUGCCCUUCAAAGUUACAGCAGGCACUCAGAAAGGGACAGGCAGUUACUCGCAGGGGCCUGGAGAGCCAGGAGCUCAUUUCUGGGUGAGUGUGGCCACACAGUUACAGACAUCUGAAUGGUGUAUGAAAACUCCAGAAGAUGCCCUUUCUGCCAAAUGGGAGGGCCGCCUGAGGUUUGGUGAGAAGAUCCCACCUUGGUUUACUGCAGACGAUGUGCAGAAGAUGAAAUGGCUGGCAAAUAGCGAAGUGGUGACCAAAACCAGAAUUCCUGCCCAUGGACAAAUACUGAGAGUCAGUCUUUUGGUCAGCCAAGACACUUCCCUAUCUGACGCUAAAGGAGACUGUUCUGAUGGGCUCUGUGGAUUAAUAAAGAGGCCCAGUGACCUCUAUGAGGUGCUAGCUUUCCACUUGGACAGAGUGUUGGGGCUGAAUAGGAGUCUGCCUGCAGUGGCCCGCAAAUUCGACAGUCCCCUGCUGCCCUACAAAUACACCAAUGGUGCAGCGAGGCCCAUCAUAUGGUGGGUGCCAGAUAUCCAGCACCUAGAUGAUGCCAACAAUGACCAGAACUCUUUUGCACUGGGAUGGCUACAGUACCAGUCUCUGCUGCAGCAGCGGUGUGGCAUGGCAGAUUCCAGGGCAGCCCUUGGAAUAGCUCCGUGUUUGAGCGUCCUGCACACAGAGUGGGCCAAAUUGGCGCUCUUUGAUUUUCUCCUACAGGUUCAUGACCGCCUGGACCGUUACUGCUGUGGAUUUCAGCCAGACCCUGCAGAACCCUGCAUGGAGGAAAUGCUUCAUGACAGAUGUAGGAAUCCUGCAGAGCUGGUCCUGGUCCAUAUCCUGAUCCGGGGAAGUGAGCCUUCUCGCCUGGUGCUCAUUGACAAUGCAGGCAGACCUUACCAUCCAGAAGCAAAACUCAACUUCAGGCUACUGGAAGGCAUAGAUGGUUUUCCUGAGACAGCUGUGACUGUGCUCAAAUCGGGAUGUUUACAGAACAUGCUUCUGAAGUCACUGUACAUGGAUCAGGAAUUCUGGGAAAGCCAGGGUGGAUACCAAGGCCUUAGACCCUUGCUUCAAGUCAUUAACAGAAGAGGACAGAUCCUACUGCAGUACAUUCAGGAACACAAUUUGACAGUCUUUAAGGAUUCAUCAUUUUAAAACAUGCCCCUACAAGAGUGACACACUCGCCUGACAUAAAGUGCAAGUUUGCAACCAUGGAUAUACCUCAGUCCUCUAAAGCUUUUAUGAUCAGAAGCUGAUCUUGAGUGCUUGGUUCUUGAGAAUCAAAUUCAGCAGCACAUGCUGAAGAAGCAGAAUAGAUCCGAGGAAGAGACAGAUGGGGGAAAGAA